GGGGAGCACCGAGAAAGGAGACAGAGGAGGGGUUACAGAAAGGACUUGCCGGCGUGGCAGAAUGCAGAGGACGACAACAUAGUGGAGGUGACUGCUGGGUCGGCGUGACCUGGCGGUGCCAUUGUUGUGUUUUCUAAGAGUGCAAACCUUCAUGUAAACCCCUUGAGGUGAAUAGAAUUUCGUCCUAGUUUCAGCCAGUAGUCGUCUGCUUGAAAGUCUCCGCAAAUGGUAUUACAAUGCAGCUGGAUUCAACAAGUUUGGACUUAUGCGAGAUGAUACAAUAUAUGAAGAUGAAGACGUUAAGGAAGCACUAAAGAGGCUUCCAGAAGAUGUAUAUAAUGACAGAUUAUACCGCAUCAAGAGAGCAUUGGACUUGUCCAUGAAGAACCAAAUUCUUCCUAAAGAAGAAUGGGUAAAAUAUGAAGAGGAUAAACAUUACCUUGAACCAUACCUGAAAGAGGUCAUUCGUGAACGACAUGAAAGAGAAGAGUGGUUUAAGAAGUAACUGCUGCUGCUGUCAUUCCUCUGAGCACAUUUUCUUUAAGAUUUAAAUUAUAUGGUUUGGAUUGUUGAGCAAAUCUGAGUGCUGAGAAUAAAUACAUGCAACCCUUUGCUCACUAAUAUUUGUUCUUCCAACUCAAAUGUUACUAAGUCUUAUUGGAAUCCUCUUUUUAAAUUUCAAGGAAUUGGGUCAAGUCUUUUCAGCUAUUUUGUAUGCUAACAUAGUGAUUUGUGAUCUUCAUUCCAGCUGUUUGAGUAAUUCUUUUUGUCAUGAUACAGCUGCUUCCUGCAGCUGGGAGAAUUGAUAAGCAACAUCCUUUGCUGUUUGUUUCAGUUCUUCUGAUUCAUUUUUUAAAAGGGAUACCCAUCUGCAGAGUGACUGUAUAUAUCCAUCAUCACCUCUUUUCCCUGGUGGUGGGGAUGCAGACACAGAAGAAUUCAGUGGCAGCAACACUACAUAAUCCUUGUCAUUUCAACCCAAACAAUGGAAUGCUACAUUAAUAAUUGCUUUUGGAAUUUGUGAUUCCUGCCAAUCUUUAAAGGCAAUUGCCUCAUUUAACCUGAAUUAGUCACUCGGCUGUAUUUUCUGAAUUAUACCAAGUAUACUUCAGCUGUAUUGAAUUACUCAUGUAUAAAGUUCUGAGCAGUCUGUGGAGUCAAGCUCCAUUAGAAUCAGGAUGAUCUAUCUUGGAAUUAAAAGGCUUGGAACCCAA